AUGGCUGACUUGAAUGGAGAUAAAUCUAAAAUGGCAAAGGCUAUUAAGAGACAACCAGAUUGGGUAUUGCCAAAACUCGGAUUAGAAAGAGAUGCCAUUCAAAUCCCUAAGUCAAACAGGGCUGAAGAAGAGAAGGGAAAAGGUGAAGCAAGUAGACUAACAACCCCUAGGUAUAGUCCCCCUCACAUGAGAAACUUGGAACCAUUUAAGGUCUAUAAUAAUCCAUUGUCUGAUGUUUUGGAUAAUAAUUAUGAAAAAGGGGAUAGAUGGAAAAAUACACCCUACCAUGAAAAUAAAAACCAGUAUAAUUAUAGACAAUGCAAUAAUCAUAAUGGUGAAAGAAGAACUAACAAUGGGGAAAUUACUGGUAACUGGAAUAAUAGAGAUAAGACCAACAACGUAAGCAAUAAUGGAGGAAAUCAUGGUAAUAAUGGAAACUAUGGCAACAAUGAGGAUGCAAGAGAAUGGUAUAGGAAUCUUCUUGAUAGAUGCAUUGGUAGUUGGCAGGAAUUUGUGACAAUAUUCUUGGAGGAAUUUGGAGAACAUAAUGAUACUUCAUUUGCAUCUCAUGAAUUGACUAACAUAAAGAAGAAUCAGAAUGAAUCAAUCUAUGAAUUUAAUAAGAGGUUUAAUAAAGAACAUGGAAUUCGAGGAGGCUAUGCAGAUCAUUCAAGAUCUAAACCAGAAACUGGAAGAAAAAAGACAAAGACUGCAAGAGAUGGGAGAAGAAGAAGAGCUAAGAGUGAGUCAAAUGAGAAUGAGGCUGUUUCAAGAUUCAGGAGGCUUGAAAGGGAGGAGGAGCCUGAAGCAUAG